AUGGGGACUGAAUCUAACUCUUCUAUAAAAAAAAUCGUUAACAGAUUAAGUGGCCAACCUGCUUCUUACAACCGUAAAGCUUCUUACACUUUUGGUAGAACGUUGGGAGCUGGUUCAUUUGGUAUUGUUCGAUAUGCCAGAGAUUCAUCCACUGAUGAGGAUGUUGCAGUGAAAAUCAUUUUGAAGAAAGCCUUGAAGGGCAACGAAACGUACGUCAUUGACGAGUUGAAGCUUCUCCAACUGCUUGAUCAUCCUCACAUUGUGGGGUUUAGAGACUGGUUUGAAUCCAAGGAUAAGUUUUACAUUGUAACACAAUUGGCUACGGGAGGUGAGCUUUUCGAUAGAAUUGUACAAGAAGGACGAUUUACUGAACAUGAUGCGCUGUUGGUGGUUGUCCAGAUGCUCGAAGCCAUCGACUACUUGCAUGAAAGGGAUAUUGUCCACAGAGAUAUCAAGCCAGAGAACGUUUUGUACCUUACCGCGGAAGCUGACUCAAAUAUCGUAUUGGCAGACUUUGGUAUUGCUAAGAAAUUGCAAUCCCCAAACGAGAUGCUCCAUUCCAGCGCUGGUUCCUUCGGUUAUGCUGCUCCCGAGGUGAUUUUGGGCACCGGCCAUGGCAAACCUUGUGAUAUUUGGUCUUUAGGUGUGGUGACGUACACAAUUUUGUGUGGUUACUCUCCGUUCAGGUCGGAGAAUGUUCAGGAUUUCAUUGCAGAGGUCCGCCACAACAAUGCUGUGAUUUUCCAUGCGGACUACUGGAAAGAUAUCUCCAAAGAUGCUCGGAGAUUCAUCAUCAAAGCCCUACAAUUCAAUCCAAACAACAGGUCCACAUCCAAGGAAUUAUUGGGAGAUCCAUGGCUCAAGGGUAUUGCAGCUGAGCAUAAGGACGCUGAUUUGUUGCCAAACUUGAAGCAGAACUUCAAUGCAAAGCUCAAGUUCAGACAGGCUAUCGAGAUGGUCAAAUUGGCCAACAAGAUCAAGAAACUCAAGGAGAUCGAGACCAGCAGUGAUGACGAGUCCUCGGAGAUUGAUUUGUUCGGAGAUGAAGGUGUGAUUUCUGAUUCCAAGAUUCCCUCUGCUGAUUCCACAGAAAUUGGUGCCGAUACAUCUACAGACAACAAGUACAAUGUCAAAACCACUCUGCUCCUGCAGUGGGGAAAGUUACGUGAGCUGCUUAAUGAAAUGAGUACUAGGGACGGAUCAAAAGCACUGCUCUCAAACUUAACAGCCCCAGUAGAGAAUCAGAAAUCCCGUCUUGCUACCAGUGCUUUCCAGCAAUUGGUUCAGACAGCGAAGGAGAAUAAAGAUCGUGUUGCCGAAUAUAAAGACGAAGAGCUGGCAAACAACUAA